CAAAAUUCUGUUCAUCCGACGAGCGACCGACCCAGACGGAACUCCGGCCUCGGACAGCUCUCUUCUCCCUCUAAAACCCUUAAAUACAGAGGAGGUUUUGCUCAGAUGCCAUGCAUGAUCUCCAACCUCCGCCUCCUCUUCUCUUCCUCGGCCACCGCCACGCCCUUUCUCUCUCCCCUCAAGCUCAAGCUCACGCGGCCCUCUCUCCCCCUCGCUCCUCUCUCUAGCACCCUGUCCAGGCCCCUCUUCACCGUCUUCUCCGCCGUCGAGCGCGGCCGCCGCCGCCUCCGGCAUUCCCCGGACUUCGCUCGCGGAGGGAACAGGAGGACCUUUAGGGACGAUCGGGGGAGGGAUAAGGAGGCUUUGAUGGAGGAAUCCGGGUUCAAUCGAAAGAGGGCCGAGGGUCGAGACAGGAGUGAUGGUCCCAGGAAGGAUCUUCAGCUCAAGAAGAGGCCUAAGGCCAAUCCUGUCAGUACUAUCUCUUAUGUACAGAUAUUGGGGACUGGAAUGGAUACUCAGGAUACCUCGCCAUCGGUCCUGCUUUUCUUUGAUCACCAGAGAUUUAUUUUUAAUGCUGGAGAGGGGUUGCAAAGGUUUUGCACAGAGCAUAAGAUUAAGCUGUCAAAGAUAGAUCAUAUAUUUCUCUCUCGUGUGUGCUCUGAAACUUCGGGCGGACUUCCAGGGUUGCUAUUAACACUGGCUGGGAUAGGAGAUGAAGGAAUGUCGGUUAAUAUUUGGGGUCCGUCAGAUCUUAAAUAUUUAGUUGAUGCUAUGAAGUCUUUCAUCCCAAAUGCAGCAAUGGUUCACACAAAAAGCUUUGGCCCUGCUCCAAGUUCUGAUGCCGCUGCUAUUCCUGAUUUAAAUCACUUUGCUGACCCUAUCAUUCUUGUUGAUGAUGAUGUUGUCAAAAUAUCGGCUGUUCUCCUGUGGCCAGAAGAGUCUGGCCAAAACAAUGGUGUUCACUCUGCAAUGAGUCCCGGUGACAUGUCUGUUGUCUAUGUCUGUGAGUUGCCUGAACUUAAAGGGAAGUUCCAUCCAGAAAGAGCAAAGGAGAAGGGUCUGAGACCUGGGCCGGAAUACCGGGAGCUGCAACUUGGAAAGUCUGUUUUCUCGAAACGGCUAAAUGUCUUGGUGCAUCCCAGUGAUGUGAUGGAUCCCUCUAUCCCCGGUCCCGUUGUGCUCCUUGUUGACUGCCCAACUCAAUCUCAUUUGCAGAGAUUGUCUUCCGUAGGUUCCCUCAAUGAUUACUAUGCUGACUUCUUGGGCAAAGAGACUAAAAAGACUGUGACAUGUGUCAUCCAUUUGAGUCCAGCCUCGAUCGUGAGUAGUCCAGAUUAUAAGAAUUGGAUGAAGAGAUUUGGUUCAGCGCAACAUAUCAUUGCUGGACAUGAGAUGAAGAAUAUAGAGAUUCCAAUCUUGUGUUCUAGUUCGAGGAUUGCUGCACGACUUAAUUAUUUGUGUCCUCAGUUGUUUCCAGCUUCAGGUUUUUGGUCUAUUGAGCAAUCCUAUCUGUCAGCACCUGACACUGUCCAUUCAAGUGAGGGUACUUCUCUCUCUUGUCAAAGCAUUUCUGCUGAAAAUCUCCUCAAGUUCACAUUGCGUCCCAGAGAUAAGAUCGGAUUAGACAGAUCCUAUAUUCCGAAUAAGACUGCUCACUCAAACAUAAUCGAUGAGUUGCACACUGAGAUCCCAGAGAUUGUGGAGGCUGCACAGUGCGUCCACCAUCUUUGGAAUGGGACUGGUGGAAUGGGGGAGGAGAGAAGGUUUAUGCAAGAGGAGCCAUGGUUAAGUGAGAAUAACCUUCCCAAUUGUUUGGAAAAUAUAAGGAGAGAUGACUUGGAGAUUGUUCUUUUGGGGACCGGUUCAUCACAGCCAUCUAAAUAUAGGAACGUCAGUUCAAUUUAUAUCAAUCUUUUUGCCAAAGGAGGUUUGCUUCUGGAUUGUGGGGAAGGAACCUUGGGGCAAAUGAAACGAAGGUUUGGAGUAGGGGGUGCUGACGAUGCCGUGAAAGGUCUCAGAUGUAUUUGGAUCUCUCACAUUCAUGCCGAUCACCAUUCUGGUUUGGCUAGAAUACUUGCCCAACGACGUGAUCUGUUGAAAGGAGCGCCUCAUGAGCCAUUGCUUGUGAUUGGGCCUAGGCAGCUCAAGAGAUAUCUCGAUGCAUACCAAAGACUUGAAGAUCUGGACAUGCAGUUCCUGGAUUGUAGGAACACCACGGAAGCGUCUUUUAAUGUUUUUGAGGAAGCUAGUGAGUUAAGCAUGGAAAGGUCUCUUCCUGAAAGUCCAAAUUCACACAAUGGCUUGAGAAAAGUUACAAAUGGGUCAAGGGCAAAUGCUGCUGAUUCAACAUUGUUUGCGAGGGGAUCUCCUAUGCAGAGUUGUUGGAAAAGACCUGGUAGUCCACCAGACAUUAGUGUUGCUUUUCCAGUUCUGCAGAAUAUGAAGAAGAUGCUCAAAGAAGCGGGUUUGGAGGCCUUGGUCAGUUUUCCUGUUGUGCACUGUCCACAGGCAUUUGGUGUUGCCCUGAAGGCAUCGGAGAGACUAAAUUCUGAUGGGAAGUUGAUAGAAGGGUGGAAGAUUGUGUAUUCCGGCGACACGAGACCCUGCCCUGAAUUAACAGAGGCAUCCAGGGGAGCCACUGUCCUUAUACACGAGGCGACUUUUGAGGAUAGUAUGGUGGAUGAGGCCAUUGCAAGAAACCACAGCACGACGGAGGAGGCCAUCCAGGUGGGCGCUUCGGCUGGUGUCUACCGCAUCAUCCUCACCCACUUCAGCCAAAGAUACCCGAAGAUCCCUGUGUUCGACGAGGCGCACAUGCACAAGACCUGCAUUGCCUUCGACUUGAUGAGCAUAAACAUCGCGGAUCUGCCUGUGCUUCCGAGGGUCCUUCCAUACUUGAAAAUGCUGUUUCGGAACGAGAUGAUUGUCGACGAGUCGGACGAUACUAGAGAUUCUGUUAGCUUAGCUUCGUGAAGAUACUAGACAUACAUGACCGUGCCAUUCUUUUGUAGUUACACGAGCUCAUCGCCCAAGUUUUGCAACUGUAUCUGUACCCUCAAGUGAAUAAUAGCGUAGCACAAAACUUUGCUCAAAACUGUUCUU